AUGGCGCGCUUCGGGCGGCCGAGGUGCCUGACCUGCUUCUACUGCGGCACGCGGUCGACGCUCGCCGACGACGGCACGCACCGCGACUUUCUCUGCGCCCACUGCGAUGCCACAAACUAUCUCGACGAGGUGAGUCCGUCCCUCGUUCCACGGCCCCUCCGAGCCGGGUGGCGACCGGCGUACGGUCGUCGUCGUCUUCCUCCUUGGCUUCCCCCCCCCCCCGUCUCGUGCGUGUCGGCUCACGGCGAGGAGAACGGCGAAAUCACAGAUCCCCCCGUGGCGACGGAGCUCGAGGCGCCGACGACGCACUACGCCGCCCCCCGCCCCUCUGCGCCGACCGACAGCAUCUUCUGCCCGACGUGCCUCAAGAACCAGCACCUCUUCACCAAGUCGCUGGCCCAGUACCUGCCCGACGACCCGUCCGAUCCCGAGUUCGUCCGGCUCGAGCGCAACUACUACCGCUACCGCCGCGGUCUCGAGAAGCGGUACCCGCAGGUCUGCGACGCCUGCGCCGUCGAGGUCGACCGCCGCAUCCGCCGGGCCGGCUACACGGCCAAGACGGACCACCUGCGCCGCAUGAUGGAGCUGAGCCGCGGCCCGAGGCGGCCGGCGCGGACGCGGGCGCGGACGACGCUCGAUUGGGUCAGCAACCUCGCCGCCGCCGUGUGGACCGCCGGCUUCGCCCUGCAGAUGCUGUGGCACCUCGCCGCCGCCGAGCGAGUCCUGCACCGGAGCCGUGGCGGCACGCGGCCCGUCGACGAGACCUUGGCCGUCGCGCUCCUGCACCGCGUCGCCGCCGCGCUGCCCCGUGCCGAUAGCCUCAUGUCCUGGAGCAUCACGGCGGCCUUGACGUCGGCCUGGUGGAAUCCCCACAUCGUCCAGGUCAACCGCGGCUUCACGAGGCAUCUGCUCGGCUUCACCCAGUGGUACUCCUUCCAGGGCCUCGUCCUCUUCUUCAGGCUCGUCUUUCGCCGCAUUCUGACCAUGGACGGGGGGCACGGCCAGUCCGCCGGCGCUCAGCUCUGCGCCCACGCCGUCAUGGCCGCCGUCAUGGCGCUGGUAGGUCACCCUCCGCUUCGCCAUGCCGCGCCUCGAGCUGACGCCCAGCACCAGAUCUAUCGCUUGGCCACGAGGUCCAUCCGUGUCGACACCUCUCCACUCUUCGCGACCGGCCAUGCACCGACCUUGAAGGGGCGGCCGAGGUCGCGCACCACCGAGUCCGCGGCCGAGGAGCGGCAGAAUGAUUCCAAGACGCUGUCGGACCUGCUCGACGACGCCCUCGGAUCGGCCAACGGGACACCCCAAACACGGCCGCCCCGGUCUCGGUCCCCACCUGUGCUGGAUCGUCUCGGCAUCGACGACACGCCGACGCGCCCUCGACAGGCGCCGACGCAGUACCCGGUGGAGAUGGACUGGUCACCCAUCACGCCGCAGCAUCGGGCCUUUGUCGACCAUCCUUCGCCGACGACGGGCACCGGCCCGUUCGAGCAGUCGGCCGUCCAGGACGCGCCCAGCAGUCCGUUCUGGUACAAGGUUCCGGCAGCGCCGCUGAACCCGGCCCAGCGGCUGCGGAACCCGCCGAGGGCGCAGGAAGCCGCGCGGCAGCGAACCGUCGACGCGGACCCGCCCGUCUUCAAGAGGCAGCGCGGCCACGUGCGGAAGAAGACGGAAGAGGCCGGUGCCGGGGUCGAGUUUCGACAGCCAAAAUUCUUCGCACCCGAGAGCGACGAUGCGAGCUCGUUGGCCGAUCUGCUGAGCCAGAGCUUUCACCUGAACCCGGACGACGAGGAAGAGGAGGCGGACGACAUGAAGGUGCGCAACCGAGGGGCGAGCCGCACGAUGCCGACCGAGACGGCCGCUUGCCCGCGAACCACUUCGCGCGGUGGCCUCUUCCUCCGCCUCGGUCUUCUUCUGGCUUGGCUUCCCACCAUGCUCAUUCGAAUUCCCCACCAGCUCGCGUGGCAGACGGCCAUUCUCGUCGUCGCCGGCAUCGUCGCCCUCGACGCCAACGCCGACGCGAGCGCUGACAUUCCGCUCGAGCGUGCCCCGGGUGCCGCCGCCUAUCUGAACUCGGCCCUGGGGGUCGCCGAGCUGGCCGUCGUUUGCUGGGUAGCCUCCGAGCUGUGGAAGGGCGAGGCGACGGAGCUCGUGGGACGAUGCGGCCUCGGCGUGCUGGCGACGAUGCUGGCGCACCGGGCGGCGAGGGGUGUCGUGCUUAUACAAGCAUAG